AAAUGAACUUUAAGAGAGGACCAGGAAUGAUUUAUGUCAGAAAAAUUGAAAUGAAAAAUUGAAAAUAAAAGUUGAAAAAUUAAGAGUAGCAUGUAUGUCUUGCACCAAAUUCAGUUAUUUUUUUUUAAUUUAUAAAUUGAGUCAACCCAAAACUUAAAAUAUUUAUUAUAUAGACAGUCUCAAGUAAGAAUUUUAGAAUAGGAAAACUAACCGUUGUGUUACGUUGUAAACCCACAUGGCCACAUUAAUCUUUUGUAUUCAUUCACAAAUCACAACAAAUUAAAAUCCUACAAUCCAUUCCCAUAUUUGUAAAUUGUAACCGAUACUCAUAAAAUCCGCCUUUCAUCUAGAAUUUUUGGUAGGUUUAGCACAUAUUUUCUUCAUCACUCCAUGUGGGCAAUUUUCACUAUUAAGUAAGCUUUAAACGUGUUCAACAAUGGUGGUUCUUUACCUUCUUUAUCUAGCAUCAAAAGGUGCAAUUUUUUUCUCUUUAAUAUACAAAAUCUGUUGCAAAUUUCAAUGUAGAUUAAUGGGCCGUCUUUGUUUCUUGAUUACUCUUUAUUCAGCUAUUGGGUUGUAUAAGAGCAUUCUUUUCCAGGCACUAAUGGGUUUAAUUGUAAUGGAAAUUGCAUCAAAUCUCAACCUUUUGGUAUCUAACUACAAUGAUUUUGGAUGUGGGUUCAUAAUGUUUGGAUUUUUUUCGAAUUUAUUCAAUGUUUUUGUCCUAUUUUUUGUUUCCAUUUUAGGGUUUUUAUUCUUGCUAUACACAGGAAAGGGUCAAGAAAAUAGAAUUGAUGUUGCUAAGAAGUUAUCUUCUUAUAAUGGGACCAUAAAAAUGAUAGGUAAAAAUGGUGGUAGGGACCAAAACCUUGAGGAAAUCAAUGAAUUUGUGAGUUUAAAUGAUGGGUUUAAUGAUAAUAUUGGUAAAAAUGUUGAGGAAAGUGAUGAAUGUUGUAAUGAAGACCAAGUGUUUGAUGUAAUUACUCUGAGAAACAUGGUGAAGGAUGAAAGAAAAAGGGCCAAUAAUGCUCAUAAUGAGCUUGAAAAGGAGAGAAUGGCGGCGGCGUCUGCCAUUGAUGAAGCAAUGGCUAUGAUAUUGAGGUUACAGAAUGAAAAGAGUGUUCUGCAAAUGGAAAUCAAUCAGUUAAAUAGAGCAGCUGAAGACAAGCAAUUACAUGAUCAAGAAAUUAUUCAAUCACUUGAAUGGAUUGUAAUCAAACAUGAAUCUGAAAGGAGUAUAUUGGAUGAUCAAUUGAGGAUGUGUAGGGAGAAGUUGAAGAUGUUUAUGAAAGGUGGAGAAUGGGAUCAAUUUGAUAGUAUUUGUCCAACCCCAAGUGUUUUUUAUUCUUCAAUGGAGGAGAGUAGGGUCGAAUCGGGAAUCGGCUUGCUGGAUCUCGAAUCAUCACCAAUAUAAUUUGGGGUAGAUGUACGACAAAUUUAUCCUUUUGGAUUCGCCAAUGGUGGAAUUGUUGUGGCUAAUUGAAGGAGGAGGAGUCUUUUAGGGAGAUUUCGAGUAGGAAAAGCCUUUGUAAGUAUACUUAG